GCUUCAAUUUAUUUGAGUUUAGGGUCAUUUUAUCAUUCUUUUUUAUGCUUCUUGUUUUUUUCUUUAAAUAUACCACAAAAAUCUUAACUUUUAAUCAACUCCCAAAUAAAUUAUUAUUCAAAUUUUUAGAUUUAAGAAUAUUUUAAUAUUUAGUUAUUCUUGCAGAAUUAUUAAGUCUAAGCUUUUGCAUCCACAAUUUUCAAUAUUAAAUUUUUUCAGGUGGAGUUGAAAAAAAGUAUUGGAAGACAGACAUACAUGUCAGUAAGAAAUGCGAGGAAUUUGUGGACACAAAAUGAAUAGUAGAUUAUCCUCAUACUAAAAGCUUUUGCACCCAAAAUUGAGGCAUUUCAUCAUGAAGACCAAACUAGCUGAGGCUUGCAGCGUCCGUGCAAAUCAUAUAAUCAGGAAUCAAGACGAUGAGAUAAUUUAAAUUUUUUAUUUUAUUCAAUUGUUAUAUAUUAAUGUGUUAAAUUAUAUUUUAAUACGCACUUUUUAUAUUUUUCAUAAGGUAUACUCCCAAAAUAAUACAUUUGUUGCCAGAGGCAGACAAAAGAUAAAUUUAAAAGCUUUAUAGGAAUUUAAAUUUGAACCUUGAAGUAGUAAGACUGACAUGAGAAAGUAGGAGCUAACGAAAGUUAGAAGGAAAACUGCCAGAAAUAUCAAGAUCUUCCAGCACGAUGCUCCACCCCAGUUAAUAUAAAUCAAUCUUUACGUCUUGUUUCAUUUUUCACGUGUAUUGGCUUCUGCUCCGAAGAGAACCCAUCAUCUUUCUUGUUUGUAAUUUAUGUUGGAAAAUAAAGGAUUUAACUGGGAAAAUACCCCUUUCCCCUUCACAAAUCCUGCGGAAAUUAAUAAGAUUAUGAAAGAAGCAAAAAUCAUCAUUCAUUCGCCGAAUUAAUAAGAAUGAAAGGAUAUCAGGAUUUAUAACAGGAAAUUUUUUAGAUCAUCCACAUUUAUAGAAAAAUCUAAGAAUUUAUUAUUGGAAUUUCCGUUCCAUACCCAAAAUUUUUCUGCAGCUUUACACAAUGGUAUAAGCAGAAAUGUUAAACUAUCAAGUUACUUUGACGCCCCAUUUUUUCUCCCCAAUUUUUUGCCCUAUGUUUGUACGGAAUGGUCAAAUUUUCUCCUUUCUUUCAUCAAAUUUGCCUUUCCAUAUUUUUCCUAAAAACAAUCAAAAAGAUUAA